ACAGUAGGGCCUCAAUUUAAUCAGAUUAAUGGAUUAGGAUUGUUGAUACAGAUUACUUUAUAACUGGGAUUGAGGGAGAGGAAAGGGAUUCUUCAGCUGGUUUUCAGGGGUGAAGGACCGUUCCCUGCAAGCAUCAAGGAUGCCGGUCAUAAAUGUAGAGGACUUGACAGACAAGGACAAAGCUGUAAUGGAAGUAACCCAACUUAAAAAUGAAGUGAAACUUGAGAGGUGGUUGACAUCUAAAUGCUGUGAGGAGAUCAAGGAAUACAUUCAAGCAGGCGUGGAGGAGGACACCCUUGUCAAAGGCAUUUCAGAGGAGAAGAACCCCUUCAAGGAGAAAGGUGGAUGUGUCAUCUGCUAAACUGGACCUGAGGAGAUUUUCAUUUCUGAGAUUAGUACCCAAGGACAUUCCUCCUCCCCUCCUAAAACGGAUUUGCAGACUGAGAAGACUAGACGGACAUAAUAAAGAAUGAAUUUAUCAAACUUUACAAGCUCCCAUGUAAAUGAUUCCUAACCUUUUGGCCAGAUUUGUAAUCCUCACCAUUUUACUAUUUGAAAAGAUGCAGUAAAUAAAGGUUGUAUUUGGCUUGUCUCACAUGUGGAGCAAA